AUGCCGCCCCUUCGUGGCCUCGGCCGCCGCGCCCGGGGGCGACCGGCAGGACCUGGCGCCGUGGCGGCCGUGGCCGCGGCGGUGGCCGUGGCCGCCAGGGACGGCGAGCAGCCGGGCGGCAUGCCCUGGACCGCCGUGCACCAGUGGACGCCGCUCAGCGCCAACAUAACGCUGGUACAGCCCCCCGAGGUGCGGAAGAGACGCCAACGGCGGAGGAGGACCAGCGAGGGCGCAGCCAACGUGUCGUCGAGGUGGCGCAUCCUGCACCUGACGGACGCCCACAUCUCGCUGGCAGAGGGGCAGGUGGGAACCCGAAGGAUGCACAACGACUUCCGCGUCGCGCAGGCUGUCUGCGCAGCUGCUUUCGCAGCCCUGCGCGACAGCUGGACCUCAAAGGAGCAGACGAAGCUGGGCAGCAACGUCAAGAGCGGAGCGACGAGACUCGGAAGAUCACUGGUCGACGACGGCAUGGGCUGGGUCGGGCUGACCGCCGACAUGAGCCCGAGUGGUCUGCCGGUGCAGCUGUACCCUUACAUGGCGUGCGGUAAGCGCCCGCUACCGAUCGCCCAAGGGCUAGUGACUUCGAUGCACGCGGAGCUCCAGGUCUUGGAUGCGUGGGCGGUGUUGGGCGGUGGCACGGGGGCCGUCCUCAUUGCCACUUUGGGGUUCGACGGCAACCUUCGCCCCGCUGUCACGCAUGUGGGCAGGACUGAGAGGAUGUCCGAGUGGGAGCCGCCCUCUAACCUCUACAUCCUGUCUGACCCCGCCGAGCUAAAGGCGGAGCUCUUCGUCCUGCUGGAGGCGAGCCCCGACCUCGCGGAGGCCGGGCCCAAGGCGGUGCUGGAGGCCCUGAAGAAGAGGGACGGGCGCUGGGCCUCGGUCAGCGCCCCGAAGUGCAAGCGCGUCCUGCAGCAGGUCCGGGCGGAGCUGGCGGAGCGGGCGGCCGCGGCGCUGAAGCGCCGCGCCACCGCCUUCGACUGCCCCGGGGGCCACGGCCUCGUGCGCUUCGCGGCCUCGCACGGGUCGUUCUGCUGCGACGUGUGCCGCGUCUACCAGCCGCUCCUCGCGGGCAUGUGGGGCUGCCGCAAGUGCGACUGGGACGUGUGCGAGGCGCGGUGCCGCCCGAAGGACUCGCAGAGCCUGGUCGACCUGGACGCCACUUUCCGCAGCCUGGAGCUGCGCACCGGGGAGGCGGCCGCCCUCGCGCCCGCGGAGGCGAAGGCCGGCCUGGCGCAGGUCGAGGCCGAGGUGCACGCGCUGGAGAAGGCGCUGGAUUCCAAGGACCUCGCCGCCCUCGCGGAGCUGGAGCGGACGUCUGGCCGCGGCCCGACCUCCGAGGAGGCUCUUCGCGCGGAGCGGAAGCGGCUGCUGGCGGCCACCGAGGGCCUGCUGGACAGGAUCGAGGCGUCCUUCAAGGAGGUCCGCGCCGCGGCUGCGGGCCAGGCGGCGGAGGCCGGCAGCGCAGCGGCGCCUCCGCCCGCGCCGACCUCGGCGCCGCCCGCAGGCGGCGACGGCGGCGGGGAGGCCUGA